UCGAUUGUUGGGCUUUGGCUGAGCCCCGCGCAAACUCACUUUUUUUCGCGAUUUUUAUGUACGUAGUAUAUAACGUCUUGGGCAGUGCUCGUCACAAUUCUGUUCAAUAUAUCCAACUUUGAAUUCAAAGGGAAGUAUCCAAGUGAAAAAUUCCCACCGAACUUUCCAUUUUAAUUCAUCGUUUUCGCGGUGAAGUAUCGAUUCUACCCCAGUGUUCCAAGUGUCGAAAUAGUGAUAUCUACGCGUUAUCAUCUGGGUUGAUAAUUGGACUCAUACAUAUUAAUAGUUAUUAGUAGAUAUUUGUAGAUAAAUUUCUGGGAUAAAAAAUAUCCAGUGCUAAACCAUGAGUACUCCGGUGAAAAAAGUGCCGAUUCAUUUGCAGAGUGCUCAGAAUCGAUUGCUCAUAAAAAAUGGAAAAGUUGUUAAUGAAGAUGAAAUGACGGAUGCCGAUGUCUACAUCGAGGAUGGAGUUAUCAAGCAACUCGGACGAAACCUGAUUAUUCCAGGUGGAACACGAACAAUAGACGCUAGAGGAAAAUACAUAAUGCCGGGAGGUAUUGACCCGCAUACUCAUUUUGAAUUAGAAUUAAUGGGUGCCAAGUCGGUGGACGAUUUUUACCGUGGAACAAAGGCUGCUAUUGCUGGUGGUACGACCAUGAUCAUGGAUUUUGUCAUUCCGAGUAAAGGGGAAACACUUCUUGAAGCUUAUGAGCGAUAUCGAGCAACCGCGGAUGAAAAAGUCUGCUGUGACUAUGGCCUGCACGUGGCUAUCACCAGUUGGAGCCCAAGGAUAAAAGAAGAAAUGGCUACGUUGGUCCAAGAACACGGAGUAAACAGCUUCAAAAUGUUUAUGGCGUAUAAAGAUCUCUUCAUGCUUCACGAUGAAGAAUUAAUUGAGGCUUUUUCCAUGUGUAAAAAUCUUGGAGCGGUUGCAAUGGUUCACGCGGAAAACGGCGAUAUCAUAGCGGCGAAUACAAAAAAACUCCUGGAGGCUGGUGUGACUGGUCCCGAGGGCCAUGAGAUGUCCCGCCCUGAAGAAGUUGAGGCUGAGGCUACCAACAGGGCUUGUAUGAUAGCAAAUCAGGUGUGCUGCCCGCUAUACGUAGUGCAUGUGAUGAGUCGUAGUGCAGCGGAAGCUAUUGAAUCUGCCCGGAAACGGGGAGUUGUUGUAUGGGGUGAAACAUUAGCAGCUGCACUCGGCACUGACGGUACCAACUAUAGCCACAAAUGCUGGAGACACGCUGCUGGACACAUACUCAGUCCUCCUCUCAGGCCUGACGAGGAUACACCGCGCGAUCUCAUGCUCAAAUUAUCUAUGGAUGGACUUCAAUGCACUGGAAGUGACAAUUGUACCUUUAAUGCCGAUCAAAAGGCCCUCGGCAAGGAUGAUUUUUCAAAAAUCCCUAAUGGUGUGAAUGGGGUUGAAGACCGAAUGUCUGUUGUCUGGGAGAAGGGCGUUCACGCUGGAAUUAUGGAUCCGAUGCGUUUCGUUGCGGUGACUAGCACAAAUGCUGCUAAAAUUUUCAACUUGUAUCCGAGAAAAGGCGUCAUUGCAAUCGGCUCCGACGCUGAUAUCGUUAUUUGGGAUCCUAACAGAAAGCGAAUAAUUUCCGCUGAGACUCAUGCUCAAGCCGUCGACUUCAACAUCUUCGAGGGAAUGGAAGUGCAGGGGGUUCCAGAGUAUGUUAUCGUCAAUGGUCGAGUUUGCGUUGACGAAUGCGACAUCAAGGCCGUACAUGGAUAUGGCAGAUUUAUCGAGACUCCAGCCUACCCUUCAUAUAUCUACGACCUGAUUGAAGAGAAGGAGAAGAGACCCAGGGGAGUGGCGAGAAGUGCAGCUGAUUUAAAGAAAUACGCAGACGAAGAUGCUGCGAUUGUAAAGGCUCGAGAGGCGGCAAAGGCUGCCGCUGCAGCGCGUGUCCAAGCUAAUCAAACUAAUGGAACCCAUGAAUUGCGCCCAAACAAACCCAAAUCAAUUUCGAAUAUCUCUUGCGCUCCAACUCUACCAGAAUCGGCAGUGGUUACACCUUCAGCGAAAGGGCCUCGUCAGGAGGGCCAACGCAAUCUCCAGGACUCAACAUUUUCCAUCAGCGAGGAUGUCGAUGAUGCUAGACGGGCAUGCAUUCGUGUGAACAAUCCUCCGGGUGGUCGCAGUGCUGGUGGAUUCUGGUAAUUCUAAAAAUAUGCUUCGAUCAGGUACGCUUUUGCGCGAAUAAAUAAAGGAGUACGGUAAUAUGCUUAUAUAUGAAGUGACAAAUAUUUCUGAUGACGGUAUUCGUCAACAUGAUUUUGAUUAUCUGAGGCAUUCGAAUCGCUUCUCAUUUCGCUAACCACCAAAUAUUAACAGUUAAGUUGAAAUAUUACUGGGAAAUUCAUCAAAUGUUUGUACGUUCUAGGGAGGCACCCAACGGGCAAUAAUCAGUCAUUAUUGUUUCCGUUUAAUGACAUAACAACCCUCAUUCGCGCAACUUUAAUAUGUUUUUUACUGCUUGUUAGCGUAAUAUAUUCUUAGCAUAUUCGUUACCUCUCAGAAUAAAAAUAGGCGAUUUCAGGCGCAAAUUGCAACUACUACGAAUCAUUCAGUAGCGAAGUGUUUAAACGAGAUGAGUAAAGUCUUACAGUUUUGUUGAACAUCGAUUGAUUUAAUUUAUCUAGUUAUAUCACUUCGCUAUUGGAUUAAAUAUUGUUAAUUGUUUUGUUUUUUGUUCGUUUUUCCAUAUAACGAUGUUCCAUGAUUGUCAUCAUAUUUUAUUGAGAUUCGCAUUGACUAGGGUAUUUGGUAUUUAUAGAGCGUUAUAUUGGUGAGCAACGAUGACGUUAUAUUGAUGCAGCUAAAAGUUGAUUUUUUUUUUUUCAUAAGUGUAUAUGAACGGUAUGAAUUGUAAUAGUGUAUAAGAAUUAUAACUUGACGGUGUCGAGGAGUGAAGAAAUUUUCCACCGUAUAACAUAAAUGAUAAAAUGCGAGUUAUAAUAUAAUGGGGACGUGGUUAACACAGGCGAUAUCCCUGAUAAUUUAGUAGCUUUUUCAAUUAAAAAUCGUAAGUUAUCACUCAACAUCGGAGAUAAACGCACAAUAUCAGUCGACGGGUAAUUAAUAUUUCUGCGUGACACUGUGUUGACAAAUACAUUUUCACUAAAUCUCUUGACAAAACAAGAUUACGUCAUCCCCUCGUACAGUAUUAUUGUUUUUUUUUCUUCAUUCAUUAUCAACGCCUCACAAGUACCAAUGUUAUUGAAUGAACCAUUUCUCCUUAUUCUGCGUCCUUGAUAAUGAAAUAUACCACAAGAAAAUGCAUACAUACAUCACAAACUUGGAAUCAACUUUCGCUUACCAAUUUGCACUUUUGAUAAACUCUGUGCAAGCAUUAAUAAAAUACUCUACUGGAUUGAAGGGAAAUACUGACCUGUACUGAUAGCUUUAGGUAUCCUGAUAAAAAAAAUAUCGAGGUUGUAGAAUUUCUUUGGCUGCGAUUUUUUUUUCCCGGGAGAUUUUCUCCUGGGAAUUUUUUUUCGCGGGGAAAAAAUCUUGCAAUCAAAUUAAAUUGACAGAUCGAUCGUAAUUGUAUCGUAAUUAUCGAUGAAGAAUAAGUUUGUCGUUAUGAUUUUGAGUUUUUGAUAGCAGUAUCAAGUCUUAUCUCGUCAGACAUAGAGCUGACAGUCACUGUGGGUAAUCUACUCCAAAGCCUAUUUCACUUGAAUGUAUUGAAACCAGAUGAAAAAUCUGAAGCGUAAUUGUUAAUAAUUAUUAGAAUAGUGGUAAAACCAUUUUCUACCGAAAUUUUGUAAUGCUGAAGACUGUCCGCUGCUCUACAGCGAAUCAUUUUUGCAAAUCAAAAACCCCUUAACAGCCAAUCACUUCAAGACAUGCGGAUGACACAAUUCAUUUGAAUAAUCUGGCAGAAUUCAAGCUGUUUAAAAAUCCUUAUAAGAAGUGCGUUAAAUAGUAACGGUAAUGAAAAAACAGUUGACGUGGAUUGCGUAAUUGUAAUUGUGUUCACUCAAGUAUUCUUAUAAGCGUCGGAUUUUAACGAAAGAAAAUGAGAAACAAAUUGUCAUUGAAAUACGUACCAAUGAUACAAUAUAGAGUUGCACGUUUAUUUAUAUCUGUUAUGUAUGUAAUUGCUUUAAAUAAAUACAUAAAUGUAUAACAA